AUGGGGAUCCGGGUGUUGUUCUCAGGUGCGGGAGGAAGUGGAGGAGGCAGUCAAGGGUUGCUACGACCAUUCACGUGUGGGGCAACCCGGAGACAGACGCCAAUUGGCGAGAGACUAGAAUUGGAGCUGAAGCUCCAGCUGGACUUUCGAGCUGAUUGUGAAAGGCUUGGGACUUUCGCGUCUCAAGUUCCACGUCAGGGAAAGGACAUGAAAAGGCCUCGUCUUGAGCAGAAAGAAGCAGAACUGGGCCAAGACAAGAAAGACUACCGCUUUUGUGCACGAGGUGAACUGCUGGCGAAGAGCAUCGAUGAGAACAAGCAAGAGAUGUUGGUCACAACAACUGAGGCACGCAGCGUGGAGGAGGAACGAUUUCAGCUUUCUGAGGCAGAGAUUUGGUUGAAGAUCGGCCGACUGCAAGAGCUCAUCGACGAGUCUGCCACCCAGGUGACCUGGGUCAUCCGCGAAGCUUCCAAGAAGAUUCGGAAGUUUUCACCCCUCUUCGAUGCGGGUGGAUGUCAUGGACUACAACUGGAACUGCAGGUCUUCCGGAGCAUGGACCCCCCAGUUGAAGGCCAGGAGGCCGGGGAUUGCGCCGCCUUCCUUUGGGCGACGAAGGGAUCCAAUUUGGUCUUCAAAUUGGGUGUGGGGAGCAGGUGGCAGUUGCUGGAGAAGAGGUUCAAUGGCCGUGUGCCUUACGGCACAACUCGUUUGUGCUUCUUCGUUGACCAGAUCAAUCGAGAGGACGACACCUUGAGCGUGUCCUGCGAGAUCCUUGAGGUCUUGCGGGAGUUAGAAGCACCCUUGCAGCCGGCGGCACCACAGCCACCAGACUGGAGGACCAUGACCGCACCAAGGAAACAUGUGGACAGCGCUUGGUUUGGCGCAGAACAUCGACGAUCUUCAUGUACUACCAAGAAAACCCAAAUCCUUUGCAGAAGAUCUAUUUGUUGA